AUGCUAUAUGAAACUGCCGACAGAAAGUCACAGAGAAAUGUUACCUUGUUCGUGGAGGAGAGAUCCUGCCAGGGCAAUGAGCCCACAAAAUUGCGGGAUGAAAAUGUAGGCGCAUUUGCAAAGUCAUUUGAUAACAAAGCAAGCACUCAAGCUAAUGUGCACACAAGGUCUCGAGCCGCUUUGGGGGAACUGCAGAACGUUGAAACCCUGCCUCACAAGUCUUUUAAGAAGCCGGGUGCACCCCAAGAACCUAUUCAGGCGGAUCAGGAAUCCACGCGCAAUCUGCAAUCGCUGCUUAACGAAAGACUUAAAGACCUUACGCAGGCAGAAAUAAAUGAGCUGCAGACUUUCUGCCAGCGAAGAAAAGCUAUAAGGUCAAUGUUGCUCGCCGGCGAGAACUCGUCUAUCUAUAUGGAUGUUGACAAGGACACAGCGCGUGACGCAGCUUCAGUUUCAGUCUUUGCCGAGACUAUCUUCAAUUAUUUACAGACGGAGGAGUUGCGAUGCCAACCGUUAUCUUCAACCUUUUUGUCUGCCUGCACUGAAAUAAGUCCGAGGAUGAGAUACAUCCUGGUUAAUUGGUUGGUUCAAGUGCACCAAAGCUACAAGCUCCAGCCGGAGACAUUGUAUUUAUGCAUUGCAAUUAUGGAUCGUUACUUACAGAAAUGCGGGUCUGGAAUCACAAAAGACCUCUUCCAGCUAGUCGGCAUCACCGCCCUUUUUAUUGCCUCUAAAUUCGAGGAAAUGUAUCCACCAGACAUUGGCGACUUUUCAUCUAUAACUGAUAAUACGUAUACUAAACGCGAUAUCCGUACAUGCGAGCAACUUAUCCUACAGUCUCUGGAUUUUUACUUGUCCAUUCCGUCCCCCAUCGUGUUUUUGCGCCGCAUCUCCCGAGCGCUAGAGGUAAACACCAUUGACGACGUCUGGAAUGAGAAGCUUGCUUAUAUUAGCGGGUAUUCCAUCGAAGAUGUCCGCGGACCCCUCAAAAUCCUAGCUAAGGCGGUUUAUCGUCAAAACUCUCCAUCCAAGUACAGGGCAAUAUACGAUAAGUAUCGCCUGGACGAUUUAUACGACAAGGUGGCAGCCUUGCCUCAGCUGCGGUCCGCUAUGAUGGAAGCCCUUGCAGACUUGAAAUUUGACGAGGACGGAACGGAAGUCGUCGCUUAG